AACGGCAGUAUACAUAGAAAAGUUUUUUCUACAGUCCAUCAGAAUUUUCACACGCGGACAACAGAGGCGAAAAACGUGCACAGCUUGCGAAAAAUUUGAAGAAAAUUCAAUGAAAAUUGUAUAAAAUGUGCAAAACGUGAGCGAAAACUUUGUGGAUUAUUCUGGUAGGGAAAAUGUCGCCGCGUUCCCGUUAAGGCUGCGGCUCGAGGCAGGCCCCACAAGCAGAGCAAACCCGAUGGCAUGUGCAAGUGUGUGUUUGUGUUUGUGAUAGAGUGCAGCAAAAUUGGGCUACAAUUAAAUUAAGCCCGUUCGUAUAUAUGUCGCGGCCCAGAUCGGAGCAGCCAGUACAUCGAUAUGGCGAGACCAUUUUGGGUCUGGCGGCGCCUCUGCCUGAGCCUUCUGUUUGUGUUCAUCCACAGUACGCCCACAGCGAAUGGCGAUAAAAUCAACUACAAUCUUGUGCACUCCUGGGCGGACAAGCUGGGCUUGGAGCUGUUUUCUCUGGGCGAUUUUAUCACCAGGCGCAAGGAGGUGCAAGAGAGUUUUAAGGAGGCCAAAGUGGUGACUCGUCAAGGUGGCGUAAUUGUAGAGUCCAUGGCGAAAGAAAUCGAAAUGAUGAUGGAUCUGAAAGUCAGCGCCGUGCGACGCAUUAUGGAUACUGCUGAGAAUACGGCGCUGUCGCAUCAAAAUGAUAUGGCGGACAAGAUGUUCUCGUACUACAAUGCCAAGUCGAUGGCAGAGCCAGGUGAACCGACACCGCCGGCACCAACGACACCGCCGGAUAUGGACGAUCAGAUCGGCGAGCCGCUAAUCUAUGUACCGCCCAAAGUUCUGGUGUUGGAGCCGAGGCCGGAAUUUCACAAUACGCCGGUCAACUUCAGCGUCAGUUCGGUGCAUGUGCCAGUGAAUGUGUUCGAUCGAGCAUCGGAUGUUAUAAAAGCGAUUCAAUGGUCGGAGAAUUUGGAUCAGAUAUUUCGUGAUAAUUAUAAAAACGAUCCAAGUUUGUCGUGGCAAUUUUUUGGCAGUUCGACAGGCUUUAUGCGUCAAUUCCCUGCAUCGAAAUGGAAGAAGGACGUACCGGUUGAUCUAUACGAUUGCCGUUUACGCUCUUGGUACAUGGAGGCGGCGACAAGUCCAAAGGAUAUUAUUAUCCUAAUGGAUGGAUCUGGUUCAAUGUUGGGACAGAGGCUAGAUAUCGCAAAGCAUGUUGUCAAUACUAUACUUGAUACAUUAGGUACAAAUGACUUUGUGAACAUCUUCACCUUUGAUAAGGAAGUGAGCCCAGUUGUCGGAUGUUUCGAGGAUACACUGAUUCAAGCAAAUCUGGGCAACAUACGUGAACUAAAAGAAGGGAUUGAAUCGUUUAAACCCAAAUCGAUUGCCAAUUAUACCGCUGCAUUGACAAGGGCCUUCGAGAUAUUGGAAGAGACGAAGAUAAAUUCGCGCGGCGCGCAAUGCAAUCAGGCGAUUAUGAUCAUUGGUGAUGGGGCACCCGAAAAUAAUCAAGAGGUCUUCCAAUUGCACAAUUGGCGCGACCCGCCGUAUAGGCCGGUGCGCGUGUUCACCUAUCUGAUUGGCAAAGAGGUGGCGAAUUGGGAUGAUAUACGGUGGAUGGCAUGCGAGAAUCAGGGCUAUUAUGUGCACCUCAGCGAUACGGCUGAGGUGCGCGAAAUGGUAUUAAAUUAUAUACCAGUUAUGGCUAGACCUCUGGUAUUGGGUAGGCAUGAUCAUCCGGUCAUUUGGACACAGGUCUAUGCGGACCUCGAGGAUACCAAACUUUCCGACUAUCUGUGGGAUAUCAAGCAGUGCGAGGAGCAGAAGGCCGAUGUUCUGGAGUAUUGGAAGGUGCACGAUCGCAUGCUGGAGCCAGCCGAAAUGCACAGGCGUGAAUACCGACGCAUGAAGGAGACCUGGAACCAACCCGUAGACUCAAAUGUCUAUCAAUUUAUGACCACCGUCUCCAUGCCCAUUUACGAUCGUCGCGAAAACGCGAAUAUCACCGAAGAAGUUUUAAUAAAUGAAGCACUCUGGGAAUUGCAAACACGUGAGACAAGAAUCGCAAACAUAUUGGGCGUGGCUGGCACUGAUGUGCCCAUCAGUGAAAUAAAGAAGCUGCUAUCGCCGUUUAUGCUUGGCGUGAAUGGUUAUGCGUUUAUAGUAACCAACAAUGGUUAUGUACUAUUCCAUCCAGAUUUUCGUCCAAUUUUCCAAGGUUAUAUAUUAAAACCAGCUUACAAUAGCGUUGACAUGAUCGAAGUCGAGCUAUUGGACGACGAUCGAGCCGCCAGAGACUUUAAUCCAGUGCUGAUGACGAUACGCGAUUCUAUAAUCAAUCAAUCGACCGGCAGCAAAUGGAUGUUGGUUAAAAAUCAUUUCGAUGAAAUGAAACGUGUGGCUCGCGUCAAGCGCCAGUAUUACUGGACUGCUAUCAAGAAUACGCCCUUUACGCUCGUUAUCACCUAUCCGGAGCGUUAUGGUGUGAGUCGCGUGGAACCACGCACCGAGCAAGACAUACAUCGCACCUAUAUAACGGGCAAAAAUAUACGCAGCUUCUUUGAUGGCAAACGCUGGAAAAUACACCCCGAUUGGCUUUUCUGCAAGCAAACCAACAAGACAUUCAGAACGCCCGAAACCGAGCUUUUGUACUUUGUUGAUCGCAUGUCUGAGCCCGGUUGGCAUUGGCCAUCAAGUCGAAGCGCGUUGCCCCCGGAGCAUGCGGCAGCUAUUUAUUCUAACAACUCAUCAACUGGCCGCUAUCCAUCAAUCAAUGAAAAAGAAAGCUACUAUUGCGAUCGCCAGCUAAUGCAAUCCCUAGUCUUUGAUGCGCGCGUCACCAAAUGGUUCUCGAACAGCACCAGCUUCAAUGCUCGCGACAAGGAGGAGAAGAGCGUUAGCGCAUCAAGCCCAAUAGCCGUUCUAAUGGGUUUGCUGCCAAGACACGAAUUCAAGCAACGCUUUGGCAUCACCGUCGCCUUUCUGGCCACGCACAGUGGUCUGACCCGCUGGCACGAGUUCCACUCGAACAUGGCCGAGCAGCCGAGCGCAGGUGAGAGCUUCAGUCAGAACAACAAACGCGCUAUCGAUGAGAUCUGGUAUAAGCGCGCCGUGGACCAAUAUUUUGUGCACAAGGAGAGUUUUGUCUACUCGGUGCCCUUCGAUGCUGGUGAAAGUGGCUCGGAAAUCAUUGUAACUGCCAGCAAUGCCAUUUUUCACAAUGAGAGCUCCAAGUCGGCGCCCGCUGCCGUCGUUGGAUUCCAAUUCCAGCACUCUGCAUUCUACAAGCUAUUCCACAACAUCACAGGCAAUGCAUGCGCUGUCGAUGACAAGGACUGCUAUAUACUCGAUAACAAUGGCUUUGUGAUCAUCUCGUCGCGCGUUCACGAAACGGGCAGAUUUUUCGGUGAAGUCAACGGCGCCAUCAUGAUGCGCCUUGUCGAGGAGAGAGUAUACAAGCGUGUCAUUGUCUACGAUUAUCAAGCCGUGUGCUUUGAGUCGAAAACUGAGAUCAAUGCAUCCAAUACACUGCUCUCUCCGCUGUUUCAUCUGCUGCGCGUAGGCAAAUGGCUGCUGCAUACGGCGCUGUGGUAUAUUGUGCAACUGAUGCGAUUGGCGCCGGGCAUAUCGGCCCAUUACAAUGACGUCUAUAUGGAUGCGAAUGGCACCGAGCAGGAGCCCGAAGAUCACGGCCAGACCAAGAAUGCCGCCUGGCUGCGGCAUUUGACGCUGCGACGCACGCGCCUCAAGUCGUGCGACAUGCAGCGCGAGCUCUACACGCUCUACAAUGAGAAGGACAACGUUGUCUACAAUAUGACAGCGCAUGCAUGCGAGCGGCCAUUUGUGGUGCUGCCCAUACCCAAUAGCAAUCUCAUAUUGCUCGUCAUCGAUCAGCUCUGUCCGCGCGACGUCGCCCUCGUGCUGACCGUCAAUCCGGCGCCCAUCAACUAUCCGCUGGCGCCCAAUGAGACCUUCUCCUGCUACAAGCAUGCCAGGGAAUUCAAUCGAGUGCGUCCGCAGAGCUGCAUCAGUCGUCAUGCGAAUGAGAGCGCGAUCAAGCUGUGCGGCAAGGGUUGCACCCUCUAUGCGAAUCUCACGCUCCUGCUGCUGAGCCAUGCGUUGAGUCGUUUGCUUUAACAUUGAUCGCAAUGGAUUUAGUUAAUCAUAGGCAAUAUAUAUUGAUAAUGUUUUUGUAUUAUAUUAUAUAUAUACACCCACAUAUAUAUGAUAAUUAUUAGGCAUAUUGGGAGGGGGGACGUUCGAUUUUUUACUAUAUACUCAUAAACGCUUAAGACGCUGUUCAUUUUUUCCACCAUUUGGUUUUGUUGUAUGUCGAGCUAGUUUUAAGGCUAAGUUAGCUACCGAAUUUGUUUUCAAGUCGUGUCUUGAGUUUUAUGUUAACUAUGAAAGUGUGACAGUGUGUGCUGCCUAUGUGUGGACGGGUCGCUGCGCUUUAUUGUAGACCUUCCAAUAGACAAGAAAAUUUAUUAAAUAGCAAAUACACUACAAAUUCCAACAACGGCCUUAAACUCGCAAACAAAAUU